AUGGACGUAGAUUCCACAGAAGGCCAGCUUCAGCUACAUUUGACCACUAAGCAGAAACAGUAUGCUGUUCCGGACGUUCCGUACUCGAUUCGAGCGAAUGUAGGGUGCAACGAAUUGAAUAUACUCCUUGACACACUGCUGAAGGAUUCCGGUAAACAAGAUACCGGCAAAGUGCAGUUUGAUUUUCUGUUCAACGGGGAGUUUGUAAAAUCCACACUUGCGCAGCAUUUAAAAGAACGUGACAUCUCGUUCGAAGAUGCAAUUGAACUUGAGUAUGUAGAGCGUUAUCCAGCUCCGGAACCACAGGACUGUUUACUGCACGACGAUUGGGUAUCAGCGGUGCAAGCGAAGGAUGGUUGGAUACUCACUGGAACGUAUGAUAACACUGUUAAUCUGUGGAACACUAAAGGCAAGCACAAACUCACUAUUCCGGGUCACGUUGCACCCGUCAAAGGGGUGGCGUGGAUCUCACUAAAUGAUCAAACAGGAGUGUUUGCCACUGCCAGUCAUGACCAAACCGUUAUGCUCUGGGAAUGGAAUGUCGCCGCAAAUUCCGUAGAAUGCGUACACGUUUGCAAAGGACAUGAACGUGGGGUCGGCUGUGUUUCCGCGAAUCCUUCGAAAACGCAGAUGGCAACAGGCAGCAUGGACACGAUGUUAAAAAUUUGGUCUACUGAGCUCCAAAGCGACAAGAGCGAACCGUCGGCUAAUAAAAAGGCAAAAUUAGAGCAAAAUAACGUUCGCACGCCGGUUUGUACCCUGGCGGGACAUCGAGAAUUCGUCUCCGGUGUACAAUGGAUCGAUGAUUCAACGGUGGUCACCUGUUCAUGGGAUCAUACGAUCAAGCUUUGGGAUCUUGCACUUGGUGGUAUCAAGUCCGAGUUCAGUGGAAACAAGUCAUUUUUUGAUUUGAGCUAUUCUCCAUUAAAUGGAAUGAUUAUAACGGCCUCACCCGACAAGAAUCUUCGCUUGUACGAUCCGCGAUCUAAACAUGGUAAUUUGGUUAAAAACACAUACCUUGGACAUUCACAAUGGGUUCAAACAUGUUGCUGGUCGACAACUAACGAGUACCUAUUUGUUUCUGGAGCCUACGACAAUCGCGUCAAAAUGUGGGAUUAUCGCUCUCCAAAGGCACCGGUGUUCGAGCUGAUCGGCCAUGAAGAUAAAGUACUUGCCUGCGACUGGUCGAAUCCGAAGUAUAUCCUAUCUGGCGGAUCGGAUAACGCGGUACGCGUUUUCAAGUCGAAAAUUGCGGUUAACAAUAAGAAUGAUUAACCAGUUUGCUAAUAUUUACAAAGUAC